AUGGCAGGUCUCCCUAAUCAACCGGAAGACUUUGCGACUACCGAGCACUCAACAUCAUACCUGUCCACGCCGAACGGUGUCCUAGAUAAGACCAAGGACGGUGCUCCUGCCAACGGGGACAGGCACGAUGGCCAAACUUCUCAAAACAUUGAUGUCGACGUUCUGAUAGUCGGUGGCGGAUUCACCGGAGUUUACGGCAUUCAUCAUUUUCGCAAACUCGGUCUGACGGUCAAGGUCCUCGAUGCCGGUUCUGACUUUGGCGGAACCUGGCACUGGAAUCGAUAUCCAGGGGCUCGGGUAGAUAGUGAAUCCCCAUACUAUUCACUCACCAUUCCUGAAGUAUACAAGGAUUGGUACUGGAAAGAACGAUUCCCGGGAUACGAGGAACUGCAAGAGUACUUUGAACAUGCUGCAAAGGUUCUUGAUUUGAGAAGGGAUGCGAUAUUCAACAAAUUUGUAACCUCUGCUUCGUACGACACAGAGCAGGGCAAGUGGAGCGUGCACACUGCUGAUGGAAGCACGGCCAAAUGCAAGUAUCUGGUGAUGGGCACAGGUUCGACAUCAAAGGUGUACUAUCCAGAUUUUCCAGAUCGGAAUAAAUACAAGGGUCACCUGAUUCACUCGGCGCGUUGGCCAAAAGAAGCAGUGGAUAUCAAAGGCAAGAAGAUCUGCGUCAUUGGUUCUGGGGCGACCGGUGUACAGAUUGUACAGACUCUGGCGCGCGAAGACUGCCAUCUUACCGUAUGCGUACGGACACCAAACACAGCAAUCCCAAUGCGGCAAUACAAGAUGACCCGGGAAGAACAAAUAUCGCCAAAAUGCUUCUACCAGUCCAUACUGAUGGGAGCUCGAGACUGUUGGGGAGGCUUUCCUUACAAUCCAGCCCCAAAGCACUGGACAGAGGCUACACCUGAAGAGCGCCAGACAUUCUACGAAGAGCUUUGGUUGAAAGGCGGUUUCAGCUUCUUCGUCUCAAAUUACAUUGAACUGCUCAGCGAUAAGGAGAUCAAUAGAGAGAUUUAUGCGUUCUGGGUCAAGAAGACGCGAGCUCGGAUUCAGGAUCCGGUCAAGAGAGAUAUCAUGGCGCCGUUGAACCAGAUGCAUUGGAUUUUCACCAAACGGCCGUCACUGGAGCAGGACUACUACGAAAUGGUGGAUCGGGACAAUGUAACGGUACUGGACUUGAAGAAGCAUGCGAUAGAACGGUUCACCGAGAAGGGCAUCGUCUUCUCCGGCGACAAGGAGCGAGAAUUCGACAUCAUCGUUUUUGCAACCGGCUACGAUAAUAUCUCGGGCAGUCUGUUUGACGCUGGACUAGUCGACACCGACGGAGUAAAACUGACGGAGAAAUGGAAUAACGGCAUCUAUACUUACCUGGGGCUCAUGGUCAACAAGAUGCCCAACAUGUUCAUGACCUAUUCACCGCAGGCACCCACUGCCCUUUCUAACGGUCCGCCACUGAUCGAAAUACAGAUAGAAUGGAUAGGCAAGGCCAUCCAGAAAAUGCGCGAGGAAGGUGUGAAAUACAUUGAUGCCCAAGCUGCUGCUGCUGAGCGCUGGAGGAAUGAGGUACACGCCAUUAGCAACAAAACACUCUACCCAGAGACAGACAGCUGGUUCAUGGGCGCAAAUAUACCGGGGAAACCACGAGAGCAGCUGAUCUAUCUCGGAGGCCUGAACGUCUAUAACAAAAAAAUAAGCGACGCUUUGGACGGGUGGAAAGGAUUUGAUGUCGUCAAAGAAUAG